AUGAAUAUGAACCAUAGUUUAUUAACACUUGGUGCAUGUGAUUUAACUGAUAGUCAAUUGGUAAUAUGCAGUUCUGGUAUGAUGUCUCCACAAACCGAUUAUGAGAAUUGUAUGUUUUUUAUUCAAAUUGAUUUGAUUUUAUAAAAAUGAUAAGAUGGGAUAAUCGGCUACAAUUCUUUUAACAAAGCUUGAGGGUGUUAGAUUUUUCUUUUCUUUUUUUUUGGUAGACAUUCUUCAUGAUUUCCUAUUUCUUUUCAUCUAAUAUAUUCAUUAAAAGAGCAAUUUUAUCCAAAUUUCAAUCAAAUAACUAAAUUUUCUGAAUGUUCGGUAAUUUUUUUCUUGAUUUUUUUUAAUUAAAAAAAAAUAUUCUGUUUUUUUUUCAAAAGUUUCACACAGAAAUACGAUUUAUUAAAAAUCAGUCAUAACAAACAACAAAAACGACACCUUUUUAACGUGCGAAAUUCGAUAUUUUAAUGGUUAGGUUGGCUAAAAAUGAGGAGUCGUCACCCCCGUAUAAACACCCCCUUUUAUACCUCAAAAACUAAUGCGAGCUCAUCUUUUGAAAUUGAAUACAGUCUAACAUCUGCUUUUUUUUGAAAUAAAAAAUGAGUGGGAAAAGUUGGACUAUUGUUGAAAAUAAGAAAAUUUGAUCUGAUUUUGAGCUUAAGAUUGUCUGAAAAUUCUUCAAACUAAAAACUAUAGCAUCACUUUUUCUCCGUUCCGAUAAAUCACACAAUGAUAUUCGGUGAGCUAGUUCAGAUUUGAAAAGUUUUCCAAAAGAAAUGAAUUCAUCAAAACUAAACUCUAGUUUGUAAUAAAAAGAAUUAUUGAUGCGCGAAAAACAGUUCUUGUUCAGAAAAUCAAUAUUUUUUUAUUUUUGGAUUUAGAACUUGUUGUGUAACUUUACUAGAAACAUCUUUUUUUCACUAAUUUUUUGAUAGUAAUACCUACUUUAUUAUGCUUGAGUUGCGCGUCAAAUAAUGUGUGUCUGCACACACUCGAAUAAGAUAUUCCUAGAAUUAUACUUGAAGAUGAUUGUUUCUAGAUAUCAUAGAUUUUUGGGCCAAGAUUUUGAUGAGUUUGCCUAACUUUUUUCAAUUUUCAAAGGUUAUUUUCAUAUAUUUUUCAAAUUUUACAGAAUUUUUUAUCGAUUUUAUCAAUUUUUCUGAAAUCCCAUCCCCAAAAACUCACCAAUCGCUUCUAUUUCUCAAAUUACACAAAAAUCAAUCAAAUUGUCCAUCAAUAUUCAAAUAUUUACCCUGAAAACUCAAAAAUUUCAAUCAAAACAGUGUUUCUCUCGAAAAAAAAACCACCUUUCUUCGAGAAUCCUCGGAUUUUCCGCUGUAAUCGAUAAUUCCAGCCUUCUACAACAUCUAAAAAUGUAAUUUUGACUGAAAUCCACUGAUUUUCCCUGGAAACCUGACAACCCAGCGAAAACAAAACGAAAAAUGAAAAUAUUGUCGUGUUGCGCUAAACAGCGGGCAAGCGGAGUGUCGUUGUAAAAGUCAAUUACUAAAUUCUAUUUUUGUGCCAAUGUUUGGUGUUCCCAAUUGUUAUACUUUUUAUGUGAUCCUUCCUUUUUCUUGAUUUUUUUGAAAAAAAAACGAAGCGGUAGAAUUUCGCAAAAAAUAUACUCUAUUUUUAUUUGCUGACCAUUUUGAAUUCUCCGAAGCCAUUUUUGAAAUUUUCGAAUUUGUGAUUAGGUUAACUUAUCAAGUCAGUUAUCAGAUAUAUUUGAAGCUGCAAAAUCUUUUUUUUUUCGAAAAACCUCUCGUUGAUAAGAAGUCCAAAACAUUUAUUUUUGUAACAUCAAUUCAAAACAUGAGCUUUGGUUUUUAAAAAGUUUUGGGACCAACGAAGUGAGGUCAAAAGAUGAAUAAAAAUUAGAAAAUUAAUUAUCGAUGCACAGUCAAUCAAAAUAUUCCAGGUCAUCCAAAUUGUGUUAGCGGAACUGCUCGUCUGAUUGGUGAUGAAGCAAUUUGCCGAGCAUGUGAUAAAGAAAUUCGUGAUCGUUAUGUGUCAAAAGUAGUAGACAGGUAUGUAGAUGCAUUUCAUAUUAGGAAAAAAAAUCAAUAAUAUUUUUAUUCAGAUCAUAUCAUUCUGAUUGUUUACGAUGUGCAGUCUGUAAUACUGAACUUGUCGCAACUUGUUUUCUCCGCGAUGAACGAUUAUUUUGCAGACUACAUUUUUAUAAGUCAGUUUGAAAAGAAAAAAAAACAUCUGACAAUGAAAAAAAAAUCAAAAUUUUUCAGGAAAUUCGGUACAAAAUGUGCAUAUUGUACUGAAGGAAUAGUUCCUGAUCAUGUUGUUCGAAAAGCUUCUGGACAUAUUUAUCAUGUUGAAUGUUUUCAAUGCUUUAUUUGUAAAAGGUAAGAUUUUCUUGAGAAUAUUUGGAGAAUGAAAAUUUUGUUUCAGAUUAUUAGAGACUGGAGAGGAAUUUUAUUUGAUAUCUGACGAUGCUCGAUUGGUGUGUAAAACAGAUUACGAAAUGGCCAAAGAGAAGCGUAAGUUCAUUUUUUAUUGGGUUCGUUAGAUUUCCCCUUUUCAGAACUACCAGAAGCUGACAACGACGUGAAUAACAAAAGACCAAGAACAACAAUAUCUGCAAAAUCUCUGGAAACUUUGAAACAGGUAGAUAAAUAACGGAAAUUAAAAUAUUAUCUACAUAUUCAUAUCCUUCCGUUAUGACCUCACAAAUUGCAUAUAAUUUUAUUUUAGGCGUAUCAAACGAGCAGCAAACCAGCUCGACAUAUUCGAGAACAACUGGCAUCGGAAACGGGACUCGAUAUGAGAGUUGUUCAGGUAGUUUUUUCAUUGAGCUUUUAGAACAUUUGUUUUUUAUUCAAUUUUGUUGGUUGGUUAAGUGGAUGUCUGUUGUUUCGUGGUUAGAAAAAACAUGUGUCAGGCGGCAACAGAAAAUGGACAAGUGGUUUAGAGAUGUUUGGUUGAAAAAAAAGUUCUGAAAUAAAUUUGGAAAAAAUCCUAUUCUUUCCAGGUUUGGUUUCAAAAUCGACGAGCUAAAGAGAAACGUUUGAAAAAAGAUGCCGGUCGCCGCUGGAAAUGUACAAAUCGAACAGAUAGUGAUAGCAAUUCCCCGAUUGAAAGUCUUAAUGGGCAAAGUCCAAAUUACCGUAAGAAAUUGGAAAUUUAUUUGAAAUUGAAUUUAAAUCAGAAAUAUUUUAGUGUACCUCGAUCAAAGUAUGGAUGAUGCAGGAGGCGUCGACAGUAACUUCAUUUACACAUCAAGAGAACCAUCGCCUGAUAAAUGUGAGUUUCGAGAAAAGAUCCCCGUAUCUAACCCUCUGUUGUUUAUUUAGAAUAUAAUAUUUGCAGUUUUCCUCCCAUCUGACAACCCUACCUCAACCGAUCCAUCAACAUCUAAUUCCUUUGAUCUCCAAAUCCCGCACCGGUUCAUCUAA